AUGACAGAAGAAGCGGAUGUCAUUCUCAAACGCAUGGGAGCUUUCCUACUGUCUUCUAUUGGAGGUCGGGAUACACUUCGUUUUGACGAUUAUCGAGCUCAAUUGAUCAAUUUUCAGCAAUUCAAAACUGAACAUCUUGGAGCUAUUGAAGAACAGGAUGAUCAUUUAGCUAGCCGAUAUGGUAAAUCAGUUGAUGCUGUACACCGUAUAGCUGGUCUCUGCCAAAUUAUUGAAUUAACAUCAGGUGUUUUUAAAGCACUUAUUGAACGAUAUGGCUGCUUUGAAGAGAAUUCAAUUUCAAAUGAAUUUGUUUCCAAAUAUAAAGCAUUAUUUUGCGAAUUUUAUGGUUCAUAUAUUACAAACAAUCGUUGCUUUUAUAUAUCCAUUGACGUUGUAGAACGUGCAAUAGACAUCAUAUCUGGCAACUUAGAACAAUACAAGUUGCUAAUGUUAACUCCUGCUAAUGAAAGUUUCAACUUUUCGUCAAUUGUAAAUAAACCAGUUGAAUCAUUAUCUAUUAUAAGUCAUAUGGAUAAGAAAGUUAAAGAGCGAGAAAAAUUUGGUACUGUGAAACAACCAAGUUCAGUACGCCUAUUUUCGGAUACAAGCGUGAAUGAUAUCAAUUCAAUCCAGGAUGAUUUUGAUAUUCCAUUGAACAAUUGCGUGUUAAAUAAUAUCGAUUAUGAACAUAGCCUACAAAUAGAAAAUUCAACAGCACCGUUGAGUGGAGGGAUUGAUAGUGAUCUCGUCGAAAAUGAAGAAACUUACACAAUCGAACACAUCGUUCGUAAUUCAGCAUCAGAACUUAUGAUCUCAAAAAAGCCCAAUAGUGUCGAUGAGGAUGUCGAAAGUGUAGUGAAAAAGUCACAAAAACGUGUGACUUCAAAGGAUGAUUGUAAUGAACCAAGCUUCGGCACGCCUAUUGCCGGACGAUUGUGUCGAACACGAUUACUAAUAGCAAGAUUUUAA